GGUAAAGUGAAGUGACAAAGAAUCCAUCAAUAACAACGUUUCUUAACAGUGACAGUGACCGUGAUCGAUUGUGAUAAACGAAAACCGAACAUUCCAAGAUGCGACGAAUGAAAAUGAACAUUGAUCCAGAUCUUGGAGAUCUAGAGGAGAUGUUAGCACACGUGCAGACACAAUUGGAACACGAAAUUGACAUGGAGAAAGAAUCCAAAAUGCCAUCUCUGGUCAAUAUACAGGAAUCACCAAAACUGGUGAAAAGGACCUCUUCUUUCACCAGAUCAGAUUCCUUCGACUAUAGGAAAACAGCCCCGAGACCUCCUCCGGCCAGAACCGAUUCUGGAAGUCGAUCUUUAAAUGGGAAUUAUGGGGAAUAUCGAAAUGGCAACGAAUCUGAAGAACAGUAUUCCCAACCUCAGAUCAAUGGGAAAUUUAAAGGUUCUCAGACCAGUUUGAAAUCUGAUGAGGGGUCCCAAGUGUCCUUUCAGUCGUUUCGUUCAGAACCCGUGUCUCGCCAUUCGGUGAUGAGCUUGCAGGAGAAGAGGGGAUCUUUCGCUUCUCUUAACGGGAGAUCGAAGACUGCUACUCUUCCACGAGGUUACGGCUCGACGAAGGAGAAGAAUUGGGAGGAGUAUUGGGCCUUCGAACAAUCAAUAAGCAGCGCCCGGGCCUCCGUGAUGGUGUACGACGACGUGCUGAAGCGCUGGGUGCCCUCGGGCUCCAGCUCCGGCCUUUCCAAAGUCCACAUCUACCACCACACCCAACACAAUACCUUCAGAGUCGUGGGACGGAAGCUGAAUGAUCAUGAGGUGGUGAUAAACUGUGGAAUAGUCCGCGGUCUAAAGUACAACCAGGCGACCGCCACCUUCCACCAGUGGAGGGAUGCGAGGCAUGUGUACGGCCUCAACUUCUCCUGCAGAGAAGAUGCCGACAGCUUCGCGAGAGCCAUGAUGCAUACUUUGGAGAUCCUGGCGAAUAAGCCUGCGACGAACAAUGCGCCGGCGCCGCCGCAGCCGCCCAAUCCGCCCGUGCCUUACAACGGGCACAACAACGCUCACACCUACGACGAGGAUAUGGGGUACAGAACAAUGACCCGCGAAGACGCCGCCAUCUUCCAGCAGCCACAGUACCACGCGCCCCACAACCAGCAGCACCAGCAGUACCACGCGGCCCCCAGCCAGUACCAUGCGCCCCAUCAUCAUCAUCAGCAGCCCCAGCAGCCGACGCCCCCGGCGCCGCCCCCGCACGGUGUGCACCAUACACUGCCCCACCAGCCCAGCCAGCCCACGCCUGGACACCAUCGCACCAACAGUGCUCCGAUGCCACCCAACAUGACGCUAUCGGCUGCGGCGCCCGGAGCGCCCGCGCCUCCGCCCGUGCCCCCGCAUCAGAACCUGCCGCCCCCCGCUAACGGCCCCCUAGCACCCCCUACGCCGCCAGCAGCCCCACAACCACCACCAAUGCAGAGUCAAGCGCCGCAAGUGGUGGCGUCGGGUCCCCCGCCGCCGCCGCCGCCGCCGAGCGCAGGCGGCGCGCCCCCCAGCGCGGGGCCGCCUGCCCCCUCGGCGGCCUCCGUCACUUCGCCGCCGCCCCCGCCGCCGCCCCCCGCGCCCGCGCCGCCCCCCGACGUCUCCGGUUUAGCUGCGCAGUUGCAGCAAGCUAGGCUUAAGAGACAAGCCAAGCAAACAAAUGGUCAGUCAAGCGGUCAGACGAGCGCGGAGGCGGCUUCGCCCCCCGGCGGGGCGGAGCACUCAGGCUCGUCGUCGUCGUCGUCCGGGGGCUCCGGCCGGCCCGCCGCCACGCUGUCCUGCAUGAUGAACGAGAUGGCACGCACCCUCGCGCGCCGUCGGGCGCAUCUCGACCGGGCUGAGGAGUCGUCAGCGGAGUCUGUGCCCUCUACCCCGAUGAAGACGUGGGAACGCUCGGCGACCCUCCCGCACCGACUGCCCGCCGCCGCAUGCAACGGCGCAUCUAAUUCGGAGACGAUCGCCCAACAACAGCCACAGUCGCCGCGGUCAGUGCGCAAAAGGUUUGGUUCCGCCAGCGAGGAAACUAUACUUAAGCAAGUGAAUGGCGGUAACGAUGGUGGCUGUGUGUCGGCGGCAGAGUGGGACGCGUUCAAACAGGAGAUGAUGCGGGAGAUGAGGCAACAACUCAACCAGAUGAAAAAGGAAAUAUUAGACGCAAUGAAGGCGGAGUUUGCGCGCAGGUAAGGUCGCGUGGCGCGCCGAGUGAUGCUAGUCCCCGACGCCGAAUGAACACAUAUUUUAUUACCUGACCCUUACAUUACUCCACUUUAACCGACAUUCGACGAGAGAUUACUUAUACGUACUUUUAUCAUAAAUAGGAC